AUGCUGCUCUUCUGUCCUCUCAAUGCUGCAGAAGCAGUUACAGCUGGCACUGCUUCAGCAGGUACAAAGGUGAGGGAGCUGGUCAGGGUGAUCAUGGACGAGCAGCUCACCAUCUUCACCAACAUGCUAGGUAUGUCGCUUUUCUUGCUUGUGGUUCUCUAUCACUACAUGGAAGUCAACAAUUCCAAGAAGCAAGAAUGA